GAAAAAUGCAUCUCUUAGUGAUAGAAGUUGGUAGAUCAAAUUAAAGAUUAGUUUGGAUAGGCCUUUGCUCUAUAUGGAUGAGGCGCGCCAAAACCUCCUCGCAACUGCCAACGUCGACUCAUGGCCUUCCCUUUAUCCUCCGCCAUUUUCUCCCAUAACAUCUCUCUCAAUGUCUUCUUCACUCCUUCUCCUCGGAGGCCAACUUCAAUGCCGACCCGUCUUAUGUUUUGCUUCAAUCAAACGCCUAGAAAAGACCCACAAAGAUCAGGCCGUCUCAGAAUUCCUUGCACCUUCGGAAAGGAUCUUCACAAGGAACUGGCAAACCAACAUGAUGUUCCUCUCAACACAUCAACUAACAGGCAUAACAAGAAACUUGAGAAACUGAUUGCUGUGAUACUAUUGCUUGUUCAAGCAUCUUCUCCGCUUCCGUUUCUUGGUUGGGGCUCUUGGUAUGCACCUCCCGCAAACGCGGUUCUAUAUUCUCCUGAUACCAAAGUUCCAAGAACAGGAGAAUUAGCACUGAGGAGGGCUAUCCCUGCAAACACAAACAUGAAAUCUAUACAGGAUUCUCUUGAGGACAUAUCAUACUUGUUAAGAAUUCCACAAAGAAAGCCUUAUGGAACCAUGGAAGGCAAUGUGAAGAAAGCUUUAAAGAUUGCAAUAGAUGAAAAGGAUUCUAUUUUAGCUAGUAUACCUGCAGAUCUGAAGGAAAAGGGUUCAACAUUGUAUGCAUCUCUUAUUGAUGGAAAGGGAUUAAAAGCUCUUAUUGCUUCCAUCAAGGAUCAGGAUCCUGAUAAAGUAUCUGUCGGCCUUGCAUCUUCACUGGAUACGGUUGCUGAACUGGAGCUGUUACAGGCUCCGGGAUUGUCAUUUCUGUUGCCCGAGCUAUACUUGAAAUACCCCAGGCUAUCAGGGAGGGGAAUAGUUGAAUUUACUGUUGAGAAAGGAGACGGUUCGUCAUUUUCUCCAGAAUCUGGUGGUGAACCCAGAAAGACUGCCACAAUACAGGUUGUCAUAGACGGAUAUUCAGCGCCCUUAACAGCAGGGAAUUUCACAAAACUGGUAAUUGAUGGUGCGUAUAAUGGAACAAAGCUCAACUGCACUGACCAAGCCAUUCUCUCAGACAAUGGACUUGACAAGAACAAGGGUUAUAGUGUUCCCUUAGAAAUAAUGCCAUUCGGGCAGUUUGAACCUUUGUAUAAAACAACAUUGAGUGUACAGGAUGGUGAAUUGCCAGUUCUACCCCUAUCGGUAUAUGGAGCAGUUGUCAUGGCUCAUAGUGAAGUCUCUGAGGAGUACUCAUCACCAAAUCAGUUUUUCUUUUAUCUAUACGAUAAAAGAAAUGCUGGCUUGGGAGGAUUGUCGUUUGAUGAAGGACAGUUUUCUGUUUUUGGAUAUACAACUGUAGGGAGAGAUAUUCUCCCACAGAUAAAGACAGGAGAUGUGAUCAAAUCCGCGAAGCUCGUGGAAGGGGAAGAUCGCCUCAUUUUGCCCAUUGAGAGUUGAUUAUUUUCUCUUGUUAAAUUAGGACCACAAUCUCAUUCUUUGUAUUUGUUUAAGUUUUAGAUUCUAGCAGCCUGAUUUUCUUGGUGCAGGUUGUGUUUCAUGUUUGUGUGCCAUUUUUCUUGUUGGAAUUUUUGUGCUUCUACAAGUCUCUUUCACCAUAUAAUAAGCUUAGCGUAUCACAAUU